AUGAACGUCCACAACUCACUCGACCUUCUCCGAAAGACAGCUUUCACUUUUCCCGCCAUUGACAAUCAUGCACAUCCUCUGCUUCGUUCCCAAUAUCGAGGAAAAGUACCAUUCGAGACCAUCAUAUCGGAAACUUCCAGCGAAUUGGCCUUGCAACAAGAAGCCACGCAAAUGAUCGCUUGCUUUCGAGCAGCCGCGCAGCUAUCUAAGGUGCUAGGUGUUGAACAGGUCAUCGGGCAGUCUUUAUGGCAGCAGGUUAAACAACGACGGGACGCUAUGGACUACGAUGAACUUUGCGAUACAUUCAUGAAGGCGUGUGGUAUUCAGAGCAUUCUGUUGGAUGAUGGCCUAGGUGGUGUAUCUGAGUGGUGCGAAGAUUGGAAAUGGCACAGAAGAUUUGGUUGUGAUACGAAAAGGAUAGUGCGGAUUGAGAUCGAAGCGGAGAAAAUAUUGUUCCCAUUACUCCAACCCCUCUUGGCAUCCGAAUCAGCGUUGCAAAAUCCUUCCGAAAGCAUUGGGUCAGGGCUACGAAAUCAAUUACAGUCCAUCCUUGUGGAAUUCUUCCAACAACUGAACACCUCUUUGACUGAUAGUGCUCGGAAACCUGAAGUUGUCUCGUUCAAGAGCAUCGCAUGUUAUCGUGGUGGACUAAACAUUAGGCCAAGAGUAGAGCUUGGGAUAUCUGUAGCUCAAACCGAACACAAUCACGACUAUGUCGUCGAUAGUUUGUUCCAAGUACUUUUCCACAUUAAGAAUACAGGCUCUGUUCGCCUUGCCCAUGGAACAAUAAACGAAUGGAUCGUGCAUUGGGCCCUUCGUGUCGCGGGAGAAAAUAAUAUUCCUGUUCAGUUUCACACUGGCCUCGGUGAUUCGGAUAUCUCUCUUCUACACGCCUCGCCUGCACACAUGCAGCCUUUGAUCAAAGAUUAUCCACAAACUAUCUUUGUUCUAUUGCAUGCUGCGUAUCCUUUUACCAAGGAGGCAGGCUAUUUGUGCUCGGUCUACCCAAAUGUGAUGCUUGAUUUUGGAGAGAUAUUUCCAAUGAUUUCAGGUUCUGGUCAAAGGAGUGUCAUUCGCGAAGUUUUGGAGAUCUGUCCGACGAACAAAAUUCUCUGGUCGACUGAUGGUCACUGGCACCCCGAAUCCUAUUAUUUAGGAACAAUCCAGGCAAGGCAGGCUUUGUUCGACGUUCUCUCCGAGAUUGUAUUAGCCGGGGAGUUGAGAGAGGCCGAAGCAGUGCAGAUUGCAGAACAAGCCCUCUUCUGGAACUCGGAAAGAGUUUACAAGCUUGAGAUCGAACCCGACAUGAAUCUACAGUUUUGA